UAUCAAUACGACUCAAAAUCCUUCUUAUUUUCGCUGGUAAACAAGCCAGGAUGGGCGCCUGUCAAAUUGUCUCAAUCAGGGCAACAUAGUUCUAACAAGGAAUCCAUAUACUUUGACUCAUCCUAUGGGCCUACAUUCGGAGGAGGAUUUGACAUUUACAUCAAAAACUACGCGUCAUCUAAUAGCGAUUCUUACAGCAACCUUGGCUAUACUUACAGCCCACCGAGCGGGUACAGCUACCAAAGCACCUUCGCACGAACAUUCCUGGCAGGAACUUACACGUUCACACCAGACGAAGUUGAAACCUUUUACGAAACAACCUAA